GUUGUCAGGACGCCCGGGAAAAUGUGCCGAAAAUGGAGCAGCAGUUGUCUUUUGUUGGUGAUUGUUUUCUUGAUGGAUAUAAGCAAGGCUCUGGACAAGGUUCACAUAGGAGGAAUUUUCGACCGUCGCUCCAUCCAGGCGCUCACAGCCUUCAGACACGAGGUACACAUCUUUAACCGGGCGCAGGCCAAACGGUUCCGGGUACUCAACGACACCAGCAUUCUGGACGUCACAGACAGCUUCGCAGUGAGCAACGCGCUAUGCCAUAAUCUGGAAAAGUUCCUUCUUAUGUACAUCGAUGGAGUGUUCCUCAUGAAUGACACCGAAAUCAACAAUUCAAAGUUCCAUUUUCUGCUGGGCGAUCUGGGUAUGUUGGAAAUCAAUCUGACAAACUUCAAGAUCGGCGGCCUGGACAUUACAGGCUUCCAACUGGUGGACCCUCUCAACCAGACGGCCAAGCUGUUUAUUUCCACCUGGUCGAACCUUGACCCCAAGUUCUGGCCAGGGGCGGGGACCGAGCAUCUAAAUUACGAAGCAGCAUUAGCCGCCGAUUCUGUCCGCCUAUUCACGAGAGCUUUCGGUUCUCUGCUGCACAAGAACCCUGGUUUCUUGAGGCGGAGCCGGCUGGCAGGGAUCGGGAAGUCCCUCAAAUGUACCGAUGACUCAGAGGUGCGCACGGGCUACGGCGAGGAGAUUCUGCAGGAGAUGAAGAGGGUCAGAUUUGACGGCAUAACUGGACAUGUGGAGUUUGAUGAGUACGGACAGAGGAAAGAUUUCACUCUAGACAUUUACAAUGUGGCGAUGGCUCGUCGGGCGGCGAAGGUCGGGUUUUGGAGUCAGCGAGAGGGGCGUGUCCACAUGCAGCCGCCCAGACUGGUCCCCAACCCCGAGGAGACGAACGAGAACAGGACCCGCAUUGUGGUCACCAUCAUUGUGGGAUUCGACUACGCUAUUCGAUUCGUCAAAGACGGCAGUUACGGGUCUGUCUUGUCCAACGGAUCUUGGGACGGUAUCGUCGGAGAACUCAUAGCCCACGAAGCCCACAUGGCCAUCGCCCCGUUCACCAUCACGGCAGACAGGAGCCGCGUCAUCGACUUCACCAAGCCCUUCAUGAGUCUAGGGAUCUCCAUCAUGAUCAAGCGGCCCCAGCCGGCCGGCAAACAUUUCUUCUCUUUCAUGGAGCCGCUCUCCUACGAGAUCUGGAUGUGUAUCGUGUUCGCCUACAUAGGCGUCUCCGUCGUGCUCUUUCUCGUCAGCAGGUUCAGUCCCAACGAGUGGCACCUAUCGGAGACGGAACAUUCUAUCGCAAACGACUUCUCCAUCUCCAACUCUCUGUGGUUCUCUCUGGGCGCCUUCAUGCAGCAGGGAUGUGACAUCUCGCCCAGGCAGAAUUCCGAGUUCCAGACGUACAAGCGGAUGUGGGCGUAUAUGACGUCAGCACAGCCCAAUGUGUUCGUUCAAAAACACGAGGACGGUAUCGCCCGGGUCCGGGAUUCGGGCGGCAAGUACGCCUACUUGACAGAGUCCACAACCAUCGAAUACGUCAGUAGUCGCAAGCCGUGCGAUACUUUGAAGGUCGGAAACAAUUUGAACUCGGAUGGAUUCGGAAUCGGAACACCUCUCGGUUCGGAUCUAAAAAGCAACCACAACACAUUUUUUCUGUCUGCUGAUGCAGAGUUUGUCUAGAAGUCCAAGAUAGACUCGGAUACCACACGGAUGUCUUUCGGGUCGGCGCUGAGGUCAAAGGCCAGGCUUUCCUUCAGAGGUCACGUGGACAAGGAGCACCGGGUCAACGGCACCAGACGACGUUCGCAUAACUCGGUCACGNACACCUACAAAGGCCCGUCCAGUGUGGUAGGCGGGAGCCACGGCUUUGAUGACGUCAACACACACACAGAAGUCUGACACAGCGCCCUGCCUCGCAACAACCGACACCACUAGCAUCGAAUCUCUCUCAUCCGGAUAUACUCGCCCUACGGGAACCGCUGGAGUCGACUCGGCUCGCGGGAACCGGUUAUCAUCCGGUUUUAACCGAAUCGAAUCCACCCACAGCUCAUGGAAGUCACACGUUACUCAAUUCUCCAUUUCAGUUGUCAGUGUUUUUCUCAUUGUUUGUUUUAAUUUUUUUCCCUUUAUUCUAAAAAAAAAAAAUUAUUCAAGGGGGGUACAAAAUAAUGGUGGUGGAAUGGAUGGUGGGAGCGGUGUUGAGAUAUUAAUUUAUUUAUACAAAUGAAAUGAAUGCAGUUGUACAGUUAUUAGUAUUGUAUCAAUAAACAUUUCCUCAGCAAGCUGUUAAAAUGUGCUAAACCCAAAAGUGUGAUUUUAAAAAAAAAUCCAGUUUUUUAAACUGUGGUAUCGCUUGCAUGUCGAAAUUCAAUUCC